AUGGAUUUGAAGGUACUAAAUUCACCUUUCUCCCAAAUUGUAAUUGUUGGACCACCGGCGAUUGUUCAGAGCAGCGGUAGCUGCUUCGACGAUGGAUGGCGACCCGCAGAUCCCAACAACCAGAAUCAGAUUCCUUUAGCAUCACACAACCACUUACCCUCUGGUCCAUCGAACCAGAACACGCGGCAACUGUUGAUCCACUGCACGGAGCUAGUAUGUCAAUCUGAUUGGACCGCCGCUCAACGCCUAGUCUCCAUCAUCUCCUCCAAUGCUUCCCCUUACUGCGAUUCCAUUGAGAGAUUGGUGCACCAGUUUGCCAGGGCCCUUUCCUUCCGCCUGAAUCGGAACCCCUUAAGCCACAAUUUGUUGAUGCAGUCAACAACGGCCACCACCACAGCUGCCUCCAUUUCAGUCACCACCGUCGCCCCAACUCCUCACCAUCAUCAUCAAAUGAGAACCGGAGGUAGUGGUGGUUUUUGGGUGCACAGCGGCGCUGGUGGUGGUGGUGGUGUUGUUGCUCAAGACUUGGACAUGGAAUUGGAGUUCAAUUGGGAGGCGGUGGAAUCAUAAUAUCUCUACCUCAACCAAAUCACUCCCUUCAUAAGGUUCAGUCACGUCACCGCCAAUGAAGCCAUCUUAGAAGCUACAGAAGGCCAAGAAUGCAUCCACAUCCUUG